AUGUUGUGCCUGGCGAUGGAUGUGACGUGGCCGUCUCCGGUGCUGGUGAUGCUUAAGAACGAAACAAUGACACCACUCUCUCAUGUUGUCACUGACGAGGAAAGCUCCUGGAUAGUUUCCGUAUACUUUCUCUCUGCCUUGUUUACGCUACUUUUGUCGUUUUUCUUUGUGAACCGCCUCGGAAAGAAGCAAUGUCUCAUGUUUGGAUCCUUGCCGCGGAUCGUGUCUGCUCUAAUCUGUUUAUUCGCCACGAAUUAUCAGAUGCUCUUGAUCGCGAGGGUCAUCAAAGGAAUUUCGGAUACAUCAGCGAUCGUUGCUGUAGCCCCCUAUGCGGCCGAAAUAUCUAGUACUGAAAUAAGGGGAUCCCUAGGCACUAUAUCUCAAGUCCUCUCGUCGUUGGGAGUGUUAAUUAUGUUUAGCGUCGGACCCUACGUCUCUUAUUUCACACUCAAUAUUAUAUUUACAAGCAUUAUUGUAAUUACCUUUUUUCCCAUAUUUUUCUUGCCCGAGAGCCCUUACUUCCUGCACUCCAAAGGACGAUCUGAAGAUGCAUUGGCAGUCCUAAAGUUCUUACGCGAUUCAGAAUCAACGGCUCUCACCGAGCUGAAUGGAUAUAACGUCGAUAAGGGAAUCAACUUUGACAAGAGAGCGUUUUUUCGAGAAAAAACCUUCAUUAAAACAACCCUAAUAGGAACUGUAAUCGCCCUUGGAACACAGCUGUUGGGUCUAGGCGUAUUUUUCACAGCUCUCAAGGAAUUAAAGGCGGAGUCGAUACAUGGAUUUUUUAAUUAUCUGCCGCUUCUAUCAAUGGGGAUCGUCGUCCUUUGCUUCAGUUCAGGUGCAGGACCUUUGUACCUGUUGUUGAUAGUGGAGCUGUUAGACAGCCCAUACAGAAUGGUGGGUACGAAUGUGUGUAUGUUCGCCUCAGUUAUGGCGUCGUUCUUGCUGACGAAGUACUUUGCGGCCAUAAUUACCGCCAUCGGGUCCGCUGCCACCUUCUACGCCUGCAGCUGCAACUGCUUGGCCUUCUGCGUGUUCGUCGUCAUCUUCGUUCCUGAGACUAAGAACAAGUCCUUCGGCGAGAUACAGAGCGCUUUAGCCAACAGAGUCUGCCAUCUGAAAUGCUCAAUAAAAUCAACAAAAAUG